GAGCCGCCUUCUCCGGGAGGGCCGGCCUAGAGGCGGUCAAUGGGGGCAGGAAAAGACCGGCCCCCCGGCGCCAUGGCUGCCUCCAGCAGUCGGAGCCUUGCCGAAGUGCAGCGCCGCGUUUCCGCGGUCCAUCACGGAACGGACCCGGAGGAGCAACUGCGCUUCUACGACGGCUGGGCCCCGGACUAUGAGCAGGACGUGACUGUGUUGCACUACCAAGCCCCCCAAUUGGCUGCUUCCUGCCUGGCCUCGGUGUUCCAGGGUUCCAUCGCAGAUGCUCUGGUGCUGGAUGUGGCUUGUGGCACAGGGCUUGUGGCCCAGGAGCUGCAGGCAAGGGGUUUCUGCUGUUUCCAUGGCCUGGACGGAAGCCAUGGGAUGUUGGAACUUGCACGCCGGAAGGAGCUGUACCAGGAGCUGAAGCAGUGCAUGCUGGGCCAGGAAGCCUUGCCCGCAUCCUCAGGCUUCUACGAUGCCGUUCUGAUCGUAGGGGCUCUCAGUGAAGGGCAGGUGCCCACCAGCGUCAUCCCAGAGCUGCUUCGUGUCACCAAACCAGGGGGCUUUUUGUGCCUGACCACGCGGACCAACCAAAGCAACCUGUGGUACAAAAGCCAGAUGCAGCAGCUGCUGGAUGACCUGGAGCAGCGAGGAUUGUGGGAAAAGGUCAAGGUGCAAGAAGUCAAACAGUGGGAGAGGGCGACAUCGGAGCAGGAAGCCCAGGGGGGCGCAGACUACAUUUCUGGGGUGAUUUACCUGUACCGGAAGACUCCGAGUGUCAGCUUUUGAGGGAGUGCCUUAACCCUCUGCUUGCUGGGAGAUUCCCCAAAGCGGCUUUGGUCCAGUAGGUGGCCAGGAGAGGCUCACGGGAAGAGCUGGCUUUUCCAAAGAGCUUAGUUCCAGACCCAGUUUUUCCUACCAGGACUCAGUUUGGGAACACGUGGAAGCAAUAAUAAAGCAAACACGUUCCUUGGGUCAUAGACAGAGCGCCUUUCCUUUACCGCCACAAGCCUGUCCAGCCAUACUUCUCAGGGUUGUCAGCCCCAGGUUUGGAAAUUCCAGGAGAUUUGGGGGCAAAGCCUGGGGGGAGUACUUGGCCGGGGUCAUGAUGCUGUCGAGUCCCCCUCCCAGAGCUGCCAUUUCCCUCAGGGGGACUGAUCCCUGUCGUCUGGAGAUCAGUUGUAAUUGCAGGAGGCUGGCAACCCGAAGACUUGCGCAUCCGUCUCUGAAGGCGUGCCUUCCGGAGACUGCCAGCUCCUCUCUUCUGGGGGUGUUUCCAAAGUCGUAUAUUUGCAAAGUAAAAGUACUUGUCCUUUGAAUCUCAUGCUCUCCAAAAUCAGAGUUGGGGCUUAUUGGGUUGAGCAAAAUAGACGUUCAAG